AAGUUGGUUCUCCCUCUCAUAGUGGAACAAAGACGACGAAAAUGAGCUCAAAAACCAAAAUGCGACGCAAGAAGCAAUCCAUAUCCUUAGGUAGCGUUAUUUCUGCUGCAGCUGUCGCGUAUGGAACAUACAAAGUAGCGGAUUGGGCGUGGAAUCGUUAUGUCACAAAACGGAAGAAAAAUGAUUAUCAAGUCAACGCCGCCAUUGCUACUUCUUUCAUGAACUUCUUAUGCUCGCAAACAAGUGUGGGCGCCCACGCGGAAGAUGGAGUCGCUUCUCAUAUUGAUCACAUCCCCGGCCCAAACCGUCGCUUACGAAUGCGUCGCCAACGCAUGACUCGUUGCAGGCAGGAAGCAGCGCAGGCGCUUCGAGGUUUCUCACCGGCACUCCGGUCGAUUGUAGAGUUGCAUACAAAUACGGCGCAGGCAACCCGGCUGCUCAAGCAACUUCGGGCGAAUCGAACCACAGAAAAGCAUGCUACUUCUCGACGUUCUGAAGAACAGGCGCUAUGGAAGGAAAUUCAACGGAAGACGAUGACCCGUAUGUUGACAACUGCCUAUGCCCAUACGAUUUUAUUUCUUGUCCUUACCACGCAAGUAAAUCUAUUGGGAGGACGAUUAUUCGAGGAAUCUUUGCAGAAUACUUCCUUGUCUUCAAACGUCUCGAUGAGUAACGACAGUGUCGCCUCCGAUCGAAUGGUGUCUUAUCAAGAGUCCCAUCGUUUUGUCCUCCAGCAUACAUAUGAUUAUUUUCUGAACAAGGGUGUUCACUCUCUGUUGUCAACAGUCGAGCAGGCUGUCGAUUCUGUUUUGGGAGGAUGGAACGUCUUCGAUAAAGCAUGCCUACACAUUUCACGAGAACAGUUUGACUGUGCGCUCGUGAAAAUCCGAGGCUUGAUAGAAGGUGGCCUGAGGACAGAUGUGAGCAGGACUUCUGGAAGGUCAUCAAGACGCGAAAGCAUCCUUCGUUUUCUUAUGCCCUCCUCAAUCUUGGAGCAUUCCAUUCAAGACGACCUAGCGAGAUCCAUUCUCGACGAAACUUGGGAUCUUGUAGAAAGCCCUGUGUUUUCGGAUGCUCAACAGGAGUGUUUAAAUGCCACUUUUGCAUCUAUGCGGGAUCGUUUUUGGGGCAAGAUAUUUGAUGACAACGGACUUUCUGGGACAAAACCAUGGGCGCAUUUUUUUCGUUGA